AUGGGAGAUUGCGAACGGGAGCAACGUAGGCUUAUGAGCUUAUGGGAAGACGUACAAAAUGAAGAACUAGAUGAAAUUUCAAGUGAUGAAGGAGAAAUAGACCAUUUGAGUGAAAGCGACCACAAUAGUGAGACAGAACAAGAAAUCAGCGAUGAAGAAAACGACACGGAAAAUGACGUUGAAGGUGUAUUUUAUACAGGUAAAGAUGAUGUAACGAAAUGGUUCAAGCAUCCCCCUCGACCAAAUGUCAGGAGAUUUCAAUUUCUCUUGUGCUGCUUACGUUUUGACAAUUAUGAAACAAGACAAGAGAGAGUGGCACUCGAUAAACUUGCACCGAUUAGGACAAUUUUUGAUGCAUUUGUUACUAAAUGUAGACAAGCUUAUUCCCCUAGUAUGUAUCUUCGGGUAUAUAUGAAAAGCAAACCUGCCAAGUAUGGUAUAAAAAUUUGGGUUCUUGCCGACUCCGAGACAUCAUACUGCAAGAAUUUGCAGGUAUAUCUUGGUAAAGUAGGAAACGCUCCAGAACGUGACCAAGGAAGAAGAGUUGUAUUAGAUUUAGUUUCUGUUUUGAAUCCCGGUCACGGUAUCACUAUGGACAACUUUUUCACCUCUUUAGAGUUAGCCGAGGAAUUGGUUGACAAAAAAUUAACAUUAUGUGGAACUUUACGGCGCAAUAAGGCUUACAUACCUGCAGAUUUUUUGCCUUCUAGAAACCGACCUAUAUAUUCCUCAAUUUUUGGAUUUCAGUCAGAAGUCAGUAUGGUAUCAUAUGUACCAAAAGUAAAUAGGGCCGUUAUAUUAUUAUCUACCGAACAUCGAGAUAUGGGUAUUUCUCAAGAAACCCACAAAAAACCAGACGUAAUAAUGCAUUACAAUGCUACAAAGGGUGCGGUUGACACCUUGGACAAGAUGGUAGCGGAAUACAGUUGCAAUCGACAAUCUAAAAGGUGGCCAGCAGUGAUGUUUAUGAAUUUGAUUGAUAUAGCAGCCGUAAAUGCCUUUGUUUUAUGGCAAAAUCUCAAUCCGGAGUGGAAUGCAUCAUAUCUGGACAAGAGGCGGUUGUUUCUUUUGGAACUGGCGAAGGAAUUAGUAGGACCUCAUAUAAGAAACAGAGUUGGAGACCCCGCUAUAUAUUGCAGGUUAACUAAGAUGACAAGGAACAACAUAAACAGUGUAUUAGAAACUAUUAGCCUCAACAAAGACGAAACCCAGGAGAGUGAAAUUCGACCAAACGAAGAGCAGCCAAAAAGUGGAAGGAGAUGUUAUGGAUGUCCAAGGAGCAAAGACAAAAAGGUGAAGACAACAUGUGCCCAGUGCAAGAGGAAUGUAUGUCCAUUACACAGCAAAACCGUUACACUAUGUAAAGAUUGUGAAAACUAAGUGUAAUUAUGUACAUAUGUUUAGACAAAUUUUGUAAAUUUCAUUAUAUGUUUUUUUGAUAACUUUUCUAUAUUUUAUUCCUGUAAACAACAAAGUUAAUUGAACAAAAAUGUUUAUUAUAACACAAUGUAACACCAGUAAUAAACAUAU